AUGUUCCUGGUCUACAACGAGCAGUUCCAGUCGAUGCUGGGCACCGCCGCCGAGCUCAAGGUCGCCUUCGAGGAGGACUUCCCGUUCGCCUACCAGGGCGGCGUCUACACCCCGGCCAACGACGUGCUGUACGUGACGAGCAAUCAGUACAACCUGCCCACCGGCCAGGACAAGGUCGCCGUCGUCAGCAAGAUGACGCGCAACAUCUACAACCAGUGGACCCGCGCCCAGGUGCCAAACCAGGUCCGCAAUCCCGCUGGCGGCGCGGCCUACAGCGACGGCGUGCUCGACGGUAUCCUGUUCUGCGCCCAGGGCGAUCUCGAGAAUCCCACCGGCCUUGUGCACAUGGAGGCCGACUACCCUUUCCGCAUGCGCACGCUCGUCAACAACUACUACGGCCGCCGCUUCAACUCGCCCAAGGACAUCGCAAUCCACUCGGACGGCAGCAUCUACUUCACCGACCCUGUAUACGGCCACGACCAGGGCAUGCGGCCGCAACCCGAGCUGCCGAACCAGGUAUACCGCUUCGAUCCGCAUACGGGCGAUGUCAGAGUGGUUGCCGAUGGAUUUGGGCGGCCGAGUGGAAUCUGCUUCAGUCCCAGGGAGGCAACGUGCUACAUCAGCGACACAGAGUUCAUUCACGGCAACGGGCACGUGGACUUUGAGAAGGCGAGCACCAUCUACGCGUACGAUGUCGGCGACCGCGCGCAGUCCAAGUUCCUCAUGAACCGCCGCGUCUUCGCCAUGGCCGAUGUGGGCGUGCCCGACGGACUGAAAUGCGACGUCGCCGGGAACGUGUACGCGGCGUGUGGCGACGGCCUGAGCGUGUGGAGCCCGGGCGGCGUGCUGCUCGGCAAGAUCCUGGUCCCCGGCGGCCUGGCCAACUUUGCCUUUGGCCGCAAGGGCGAGCUGUUCCUGCUCAACGGGAAGAAGCUGUGGUUGCUCAAGGUCGCCGAAACCGUCAAGGGCGCCACCGUUAACCGUGAGGCGCUACGAUACGAAGAAGUCGAGUAG